AUGGCCCAAUCUAGUUUACCAGAUGAUCCUUCUCGCAGAAACUCUGAUAAUUCGCACCUUGAAAUUUUCAGUCUUAUCUGGCUUGAUAGUAAUGUAAAUGGUAGUGAUAUUCGAAAUACAGAACAACAACUACGUACUAUUAUUAAUUAUGUCAAAAAGUUUCAAGAUGUAGAACAAUGUGAAAGAUAUAUUGUAGAACAGUCUGAAAAUGAUCGAUUAGUAGUCAUUGUUAGUGGUCGAUUGGGACGAAUUAUAGUCCCUUCUAUUCAUGCGCUUCGACAAGUUGUAUCGAUCUAUGUUUAUUGUAUGGAUAAGAAAGGUAACAAAGAAUGGGCUGAUAAAUUUUCAAAGGUGAAAGCUGUUGCGUCUGAGCUUACUGAACUCGUUACACAAAUUAAAGAAGAUCAUAAAGUACAGAAACAAGCGGAGGAACCAUUUUCAAUUAAUAUUUUUAAUAAAAACCGUGGCAAAGGUAAAUCAACGUCUGGUCUAAAUGGAAAAUUUGUUUUUUCUCAAAUGCUGAUUGAAUGCCUUCUAAGGCUAAAAUCCACUGAAACUGAUACAAAUGAAGUUAUUAAGUGUUGUAAACAACAAUAUGAAGGUAAUAGUGUUGAAUUGAAUCUUAUUCGUAAAUUUGAAAAGACUUAUUCACCUGACAAAGCCUUAACAUGGUAUACAGAAGAAUCCUUCUUUUAUAACACUCUUAAUGCAGUUCUACGCAAUGAAAAUACUUAUAUGAUUUGUUUAUUUCGUACAUAUAUUUCUGAUAUUUAUCAUCAAUUGAAAAAUAAUCAAGUUAAAGAACGUAUACGAGUUUAUCGAGGUCAAAAGAUAUCAAGUGAAGAAUUGGAAACUUUAAAACAAUUAAUUGGUAGCUUUAUUUCAGUGAAUUCAUUUUUUUCCACUAGUAAAUCUUAUCAGGAAGCUCUUACAUUCGUUCAAGGUUCUAAUAUUGCAGCUGGUUUGGAACGAGUCGUAUUUGAAAUUGAUGCUGAUCCUAGUAUCAUCACUACAAAACCAUUUGCUGACAUUAGUAAAUAUAGUGCUUAUAAUAAAGAAUCCGAAGUACUCUUUAUGCUUGGUUCUAUUUUUCGUUUGAACGGUGUCGAAUGCAGCAUGACUGAUCGAUUAUGGACAAUUCGAAUGAGUUUGUGUAGUGAGAUUGAAUAUGAUUUAAAAGAUGUUCUUACGCAUAUGAGAUCACAACUUGGAAAUGGAGACACAAAUCUUCGAAUAUUAGGAAAAGUAUUAUGGACUAUGGGAAAAAUUGGUUUAGCUGAACAAUAUUUUACUCGAUAUUUGAAAGAACUUCCACUAAACGAUCCUUUACUUUCUACUGUAUAUGAAGAACUUGGCAAUUUACUAUCUCAAAAAGGUGAUUAUGAACAGAGCGUUUUCUGGCAUCAAAAAGCAAUCGAUUUCAAAAAUCAAGGUCCAACAAUAAUUGGCACCACCGACAUUAAUAAACGAAGCGAACAGAUUCAAUUAACAACUAAAACAGCAUGA